CUCUUCGUCGCGUCCCAAUUUUCUGCCGCGCCAUUUGUAGAUUUUUUUUUCACGACGAAAAGAGGAGAGAGAGGGAGAGAGAAAAUCCAAAUCUAGACGUGCGCAUAUACAUAUACUUAGUUACAUAUACAGGCGCACGCAAACAUGUAUAUGUAGAGAGAGAGCGAGGAAGGUGAAGACGGUUUUGCUUUGGUUUUUGUGUCUCUCUGCAAAUAACUGAAAAAGGAAGGAGAGAUUUAGAGGAUGAUGAAUUCGAGCAUGUUGAUGUAGAUUUUCGUCUUCAUCUCCGCAUUUCUCUCACUUUCGAUUUUGUAUCCGAAGAAUUCUGGCGGAAAAAAGGAAAAAAAUUAAGGCUAAAAUUGUUGCCAUAUAUGUCUGCGCCAAACCCCCCCAAUUUCCAAACCCCUCUCUCUCUCUCUCUCUCUCUGCGCUUCUAGAAUUCUCUGCGGUGUCAUGUGACGGCAGCGCAAUGAGAAUUCGUUAAUGGUUUUUGUGAAGCUGAGGGAGUUUUAAGGAGUUAGAACGAUGGUGAUUAAGAGAUGGAGAACUGAGAAGUCUUCCUUUUUAUUGAAUUGUCUUUUUAUGCGAGUGUAAAUGAGAUCGAAAAUGGGUGAGCUGAACUCCGAAGGUGACGUUUUGGCGGUGGAGAAGCGGGCGGAUUUUGGCUCGGUGUGGAAGGCGUCUCCUCCGGCUGAUCCGGCGUUGAUUAGUGAGGAAUGUUUGUCUGCGGCGGGGGAAGCGGCGGAGCAAGUGUUGAAUUGCGUACACCCCACACUCGACUCGGAGGAGAAGAGGAGAGACGUCAUUGAUUACGUUCAGCAACUCGUCAAGAGUCAUUUGAAUUGCGAGGUUGUUCCCUACGGGUCAGUGCCACUAAAGACGUACCUACCGGAUGGUGAUAUUGAUUUGACCAUCCUAAAAGGUCCAAAUGCGGAGGAAUCAUUGCCCCAUGACGUUCUCUCUCUUUUAGAGGCUGAAGAGCAGAAUGAAAAUGCUGAGUACCAAGUAAAGGACACUCAACUUAUUGACGCUGAGGUCAAACUUGUCAAAUGCUUUGUGCAGAACAUUGUGGUCGAUGUAACCUUUAAUCAGCUAGGUGGACUUUCAACACUCUGUUUCCUUGAACAGGUGGAUCGUCUCGUUGGGAGAAAUCAUGUCUUUAAACGCAGCAUUAUCCUGGUUAAGGCUUGGUGCUAUUAUGAGAGUCGUAUACUUGGGGCACACUAUGGUUUAAUUUCGACAUAUGCUUUGGAAACUCUUGUCUUAUACAUAUUCCAUUUCUUCCAUUCAUCGUUAAGCAGCCCUUUGUCGGUUCUGUAUAGAUUUCUGGACUACUACAGUCAGUUUGAUUGGGAUAAUUAUUGCAUCAGUUUGAAAGGUCCAGUUCAUAAAUCAUCCCUACCUGAAAUAGUGGUGAAGAUGCCUGAACACCGGUGCAACCGUCUGUUGCUUACUGAAGAAUUCUUGAACAGAUCCAUGGAACUGUUUUCAGUUCCUUCUAGGGGAAUUGAUGCAAACCCGAAAGCAUUUCAGCCAAAACAUCUGAAUAUUAUUGACCCACUGAAGGAAAACAAUAAUCUGGGGCGCAGUGUACACAGAGGCAAUUUCUACCGCAUAAGGAGUGCAUUUAAGUAUGGUGCUCAUAAACUCGGUCAGAUUCUUUUACGCCCAAGAGAUGAAGUUGCAGAUGAGAUCUGUAAUUUUUUCUCAAAUACCCUUGCAAGGCAUGAGCAUCAACAUAGUAGUGGCACUGGAGCUCUGGCCCUAGAAUUUAGUGAUGAAGAGCCAUUGACUGCAUCUUUAUCAUCCCCAAUUGAACUGUUAUCUGAUGAUGACAUGCUUGUAAAGUCGUCCAUAAGUGACUUUGAGAACGAAAGUGUCUCUGGUGAACAGACAUCUAUCUUAGAGUCUAGAGGUGAACUAGACAGACACUCGACAAAGGAAGUUUCACCUGAGAUGGCGUCUGAAGCUUGCGACUCUGCAGAAGAAACUUUUGUUUCAGGGAGGAAGUAUGGACUCAUGACACCUUACUCACAUUCAAGGAACGGCAGACAAGAUUAUGUGCUAAGCCACAGUAAUGGGGGAUCUUUUCCUGAGAACCAUUUCCAUAAACUGCAUUAUCUGGCCUCAAGGUCAUCUGCGGAAAGUGGAAGCUGGGAGGAUCAGCAAAUUGAUUUAGCAUGUGAUUCGGAGAAGUUUGGCUUCAAUCCCUGGUUGAAGAACAGAGAAGAACGUGUUCAAAUGGAUGAUACCUUUCAAUGGUGUAUGGACAACCAUGAAGCUGCCUGCAGCUGCAUUACUGGUUCUAAUUCAACUUCAAAGGAGAGCAUUUUGGAAAAUCCGUCGCUUGAUUUUAGAGAAAUAGACUCUGCAAGCGUGGGAGGCGAAUCAGAAGCUUUCAAUCCACUGGCUGAUCUAACUGGAGAUUACGACAGCAACAUUAGGAGCUUGCUUCGUGCUCAACUCUGCCAUGGGUUUGCGUUAUCUGCAGCAUCUGCCAACAAUCCUUCAUCAUCGCCUUCAACUAAUCAAAAGAAAAAGCCAUGGGAAGUUGUUCGUAAAUCAAUAAUACUCGAGGAGAAAGAGUUUCCGAAAAUAGAUUUACACUUAAUGCCCCCGAACCACGUUAUGUAUGCUAGCUUGGAUUCUACUUUACUUGGUACUACGCUCCGCUGUGAAGGGACAGAGAAAGCUCGAGGACUUGGAACCUACUUCCCGGAUAUGAGUGCUUACUACAUGGAGAGGCCUUCACAUUGGAGGGGAAGGAGUAAUAUGCCAGGUAACCAAAACCAUCACAAAUAUGGCCAUAGUAACGGCUUGUACCCUGCAGUCGAGUCUAUCCAUGAUGUUGUGCCCGCACGAAGAGGACAAAGAAAGAUAUCAGAUGUAAGGUGCCAAUCUCCUCGUGGUGUGGGAGGUGGGAAUCAGAUCAAUGGGUGUAUAAGCGCAUCAUGCAUAAUCGAGUUUGGUUCCAUUGGGAACCUUGCAGAAGAGGUCAUAUCAAGCUCAACUCUGAGCGCCUCCAUGGAAGCACAGGGAGGAAGGGUUGCAGGGCAGUCGAUCCACCUGAAGAAUGAAGACGAGUUCCCUCCUCUGUGCCUAUGAAGUUGUAGAGAAGAGGCGAUGGGGGCAAUGCAGAUUCAGACACUAACAUAAAGGGCAUGACUUUUAGGUAGCUUAUAUCUCAGGAACCCGUUUUAUCUUCCUGAUAUGAUAUGAUAUGAUUUUUACAGUGUUCGGGUUCAGUCGUUUGAACUUGGCCAGCUUUGGUGCUGAACAAUCAGUCAUACCUCAACUUCUCAUUUCUUCUUAUCACUUGUCCGACUGUAAGUUAAUAUACCUGAAAUAGAUUAAACUUUAAUU